CUGCGGCCUCACUGCCAUCCAGGGGUCGUCGUCCCCUCCCUCCCUCCCAUUCCCUCUCGUCGCGGCAUAAACAAACCAAGCCGAGGAAAAGCAAAGGCAAAACCCCACCUCCUCCGCUCCCCGUCCCCUGCUUUUCCUCCUCGCCUUCCAUUAACCGGGGCUGUGCGCGGUGACGUCUGGGCGGCGGCGGCGGCAGAGAUGGUGGAGAUGGAUGGCGCCGUGGGAGUAGGAGGCGGCGGGCAGGCGCCGGCGCCGGCGCCGCGGCUGUGGCGGCUGGUGGACGAGCGGUGCGACCUGCGCGCCAUGGAGUCGGAGUACGUGCGGCGGUUCCACCGGCACGAGCCCCGCGACCACCAGUGCUCCUCCGCCGUCGCCAAGCACAUCAAGGCGCCCGUCCACCUCGUUUGGUCUCUGGUGAGGCGGUUUGAUCAACCACAGCUUUUCAAGCCCUUUGUGAGCCGGUGCGAAAUGAAAGGAAACAUUGAGAUUGGCAGUGUGAGGGAGGUCAAUGUGAAGUCUGGGCUGCCAGCCACAAGAAGCACGGAGAGACUGGAGCUGUUAGAUGACAAUGAGCACAUACUCAGCGUCAAGUUUGUUGGAGGUGAUCACAGGCUGCAGAACUACUCCUCCAUCCUCACCGUCCACCCCGAGGUCAUCGACGGCCGGCCAGGGACGCUGGUGAUCGAGUCCUUCGUUGUGGACGUCCCCGACGGCAACACUAAGGACGAGACGUGCUACUUCGUGGAGGCCCUGCUCAAGUGCAACCUCAAGUCGCUCGCGGAGGUGUCAGAGAACCGUGUCACCGGGGAUCAAACGGAGCCCCUUGACCGGUGAUGGAGAUGGGUCGAUUCGGAACAUCACUUUCCUUAGAUUGUGCAGAGCUAUUCUCCAAUGGAGCCCCUAGGUUCUUGGAACUUGCAUGAAAAAGAGUUUUGAGGAAGUGCUACUGCUGUGCUGUGUUCAAAAUUAUGUUUCCUCCUUGUGAUUGUGUUUGCUGUUCUUCUCCAGCGUUGUAUGUCGCCGAAGGAGAAGAAUAGAAUGCUGUGUUAUUGUAGUGAUGAAGUAAAAGAGAAAAAAAAAGUUAGAACUGUGAGACCCUGAACAUCUGCAACCUGAUCAAUGUGGACUAGGGGGUUUCUCUGUAAUUAGCUUCCCUCUAGAUUGCUGCAUACUGACUUCUCUCUGUUGUGUAGAUUGGUGUAAAUACAUGCCCUUUGUGCAAUUUCAGAGGGAAUCAUGAAUCAGCUA